AAGAAGGAAACAAACAUCCACCCAGAUAGAUCUGGAGAUUACCAGAGGGAGAAACGUCGAGAGAGACGACGCCGAGGAAAGGAGAAUUUAACCCAUCUGAACCAGGCUUGAAACGGACGAGCACGCCACGUUAAGGCGAAAGCAGGACGGCCAGCAGGAACGGAUAAAGCCCCCAUUUUUUUUUUCCUAUCGACGUCGGUUUUCGCUUCUCGCUUUGCGAGACACUCAUCGAAUUUCAUCAGCAAUGGCCCAAGAGACAAACCAGAGUCCGGUGCCCAUGCUAUGUGCCACUGGCUGUGGUUUCUAUGGCAACCCGAGAACCAAUGGCAUGUGCUCUGUAUGCUACAAGGAACAUCUGACAAGGCAGCAGAGCAGCGAUCGGAUGAGCCCCCUCAGCCCUAUGGGCUCAACGUCUAGUCCUACCUCAGAGGCAUCUGCUAUCCAGAGACUAGAAGCCAGCCUAGCCAAGGUUGACGCCUGCUCCGCCCCCUCGCCAGACAUGUCUAGAACUGUUCAAGGAUCUCUUCCUGUGACUCAACAAAUGACAGAGAUGAGCAUCUCGAGAGAGGACAAGCCUGAAUCACUAGAACCUGUUGUAAAGCAGCCAGCUGCCUCUAGCCCAAGUCUUCCAAUAGCUUCUUCGAGCAGUGACGAUAGCAAGGAUGACUCGUCCAAGCCGAAGAAGAACCGAUGCUUCAUGUGCCGCAAGAGGGUGGGCCUUACAGGAUUUGACUGUCGCUGCGGAAACCUCUUCUGCGGUAUCCACCGGUAUUCUGACAAGCACAACUGCCCCUACGACUACAGGGCCGAGGCGGCCGCCAAGAUCCGUAAAGAAAACCCCGUGGUGGUGGCUGACAAGAUCCAGAGAAUAUAGAUAUCUCGCAAGAUAAAUGAUGCAAGUGGCGAUGAUGAAGACAACACUUUUUUGAAAAAAAGACUGGAGUGUUUCACCUUUGGAAUUGAACACUGGCAUUUGUAGCCAAGUGAGUGAUGGAAAGGACUUGAUUUACAAAAUUAAAACCUCAAGAGGACAUGAAAAAAAGUCCUGUCUGAGGAAGAUGCAUAAAUGAUCACUAUGCUCCCCCCCCCCUUUGAGUAAUCCAUUUUGUUAGUUUUAUCAUAUUUUUUGUGGUGUGACAUUCUUUUCCCAAGAAUCCAUAUUGUCUUAUAAAGAGCAGCCCAGAGUAAAUGUUGGAGAAAAGAUGUACUCCUCUCACCCUAACCAGGCUUCCUGUGCCAAACUGUAGACCGCCGUUCUUGCUCGUUCCCCGUCAUGCGUCAAACCAAGUCAAGAAUUGAGACCACGCUGGAGGAACUGUCCCCCCAAAAUAUUGCACAAGGGGUUCUGUUAGUUUGUCUCUGUCUUUCCUGGCUUUACCUACCUCACAGCUGCUCCAUUAGCCUUCUUUUUUCCUCUUGUGUGCUCCUCCGCUGUGAGUCCAGCAGAGCGGCAGGUCACCUCUCUUUCGCCUCAGUGACCCCUCUGAUCAGCAUUCUUAUGUUGACUGAUUGGUUUGAUUGUGAUGAGGCUCAUUGUUUAAUUAUGAAGGUAUAGUUCAGGACAGGGACAAAUGCUUCAACUGACACCGAAUAGAACCUUGGGCAUUCUGGGUUAACGAGCUUGUACUUGAGUGAUAGGCUGGGCGGAUGCAGACCUCACAGCUCAAUCUUGGCUACAUAGCUGAAUGAAUGGGAUUUAUGCAUGAUUUUUUUUUUUCUUUGUCUACGGGAGACGUUCCAGAAAAUAUGGCCUGUGUCUAUUUGGGUCACAGCGUUUUUGCUUGCUGAGACAAUUGUUUUAUUAGCCACCCACCAACCUGUCAACACAACAAUGUGUCUGGCCGUGUAUUCAAUGCUAAUGUGCAAUUAGAAUGUGAACCAUUAUUUUGUUUUUAAUCAUUUUAGGUGUGCUUACAGAAUGUUAAAGUGAGCACAGUGUGUGUGUGUGCGCGCACAUGCAGAAAUAAGGUUUAUCAGCACAUGUUUACAGAAAACUACAGGAGCAUGCCAGAGGUAGAUUUUAAUGAAAUAAAAAUAUACUAGACUACCACAAUUACAUGUAGCGUGAGUGUGUAUGUCUGUGCAAAGUGUGUUUUCUUUGCUGCCUGACACAUCAUAUGAGUUGAUAAUCUCCCAGUGUGUUUUUCAUUUAAGACAACUAUGUAUCCGUUUGAUUUCCCCCCCUCUCUUUCUGAUUCUUAGUUAUAUGCAAAUUUGUACAAAAAAUGAAAAAAACAAACUGAUGAUAUUUAUGUAUUGCAUAUAAUCCUGCUAUCCAGCAUUACCACAGAAUAGUAUCAUGUAAAUAAAACUGUACAGAGAGACAUUA